AGGUGCAGGCAUUGGCCCGCGUGUCAAGGCAAAUGGUGGCCACGGCGCAGAUGUGUUGCAGGCAGCGCAGCGGCCGGUGUGGGCCCGGGUGCGACUGAGGCGUCGGGGCAAGCCCACCGGUCAUCCAGGUGGUCCCGACCACUCCUGGCUCGGAGUCCCGGUUCCGCGUUCUGUAGAAUGGGGACGCCCAUCUCAGGAGCAGCCUCCUUGAGAAGAAAGUGACGGUGCGACAGCGCCGGGCCCCGCUGUGCGGGAAGCCCCCGCGGGCCGGGCACCGGACCGGCCUUGAGCAGUGACCGAGCUCGCCCCGCAACCAGACAUGGCCGAUCGGGACCCAGUGGCCGUGAGCCCCGCGCAACACAUGCUGGCCUCGGGCGCGGGGGCCGCCGUCGCCGCCCUCUUCAUGACGCCCCUGGACGUGGUCAAGGUCCGCCUGCAGGCCCAGCGUCCCUCGGGGGCCGGCGAGCUGCCCCCGCAUUCCCGACUCUGGAGCGUCUCCUACACCAAAUCCUCUAGCGCCCCUGCCUCCCACCCACCCGCAGGGAAGUGCCUGCUUUACUGCAACGGUGUCUUGGAGCCUCUGUACCUGUGCCCCAACGGUGCCCCCUGCGCCCCCUGGUUCCAGGAUCCUACCCGCUUCACUGGUACCAUGGAUGCCUUUGUGAAGAUCGUGAGGCAUGAGGGCCCUCGGACCCUGUGGAGCGGCCUCCCAGCCACCCUAGUGAUGACCGUGCCAGCCACUGCAGUGUACUUUACCGCCUACGACCAGCUCAAGGCCUUCCUUUGUCAGCAAGCCCUGGCCUCCAACCUGUGCGCACCAAUGGUGGCAGGCGCACUGGCCCGCUUGGGCACUGUGACUGUGGUCAGCCCCCUGGAGCUGCUACGGACCAAGCUGCAGGCCCAGCAUGUGACCUACCGCGAGCUCAGCACCUGUGUCCGCACUGCUGUGGCCCAGGAUGGCUGGCGCUCCCUGUGGCUGGGCUGGGGCCCUACCACCCUCCGUGAUGUGCCCUUCUCAGGCCCGUCUCACAGACAUGGCCCUCCAGCACUGUACUGGUUCAACUAUGAAUUGCUGAGGAGCUGGCUAUGUGGCCCCCGAACCCAGGACCAGACGUCUGUGGGAGCCAGCUUCGUGGCCGGUGGCAUCUCAGGGACUGUGGCCGCUGCCCUUACCCUGCCCUUUGACGUCGUUAAGACACAGCAGCAGAUGGCGCUGGGGGCUGUGGAGGCUGUGAGAGUGAGGCCACCACACACCAACUCCACCUGGCUGCUACUGCAGAGGAUCCGGGCCGAGUCGGGCACCAGGGGCCUCUUUGCAGGCUUCCUCCCCAGAAUCAUCAAGGCUGCACCCUCCUGUGCCAUCAUGGUCAGCACCUAUGAGUUCAGCAAAAGCUUCUUCCAGAGGAUCAACCAGGAGCAGCCCCUGGGCUGCUGAAGUCAGCGCCAAGCACUGAACCAGUGCCUUCCCACCCUUGCGGGGGCCCCCUUCCCUACUCCUCACCCAGGCCUUCCCGCUACCUGUACGCCUAGGCUCAAGAUCAAAUCUUCCCUGCCCAACCCAAGCCCUUGUGUUUGCUGCCCUGGCCCCCAGACCCUGUGUCCCACUUGUUCAGCCCCAUCUAAAGAUGAUUGCAAACUUCC